GAGAUUACCGAGGGUAUUCCGAGGAAUCCUGGUUCGUCGGAAUAUUUUCAUUUAACCGGGUAAACCAAGCCGCCAAAUAUUUCGGGAAAAUUGAAUCAAAGAAUUCCGAGGAAAUUCCGACGGAAAUAUAAAAAAUUUCCGAGGAAAUUCCGACGGAUAGUUUCCGUCGGACACCUCAUAAUAUUAGGGCGAGCCCGAUCUUCUUCCCCAUUUCUCUCUUUCUCCCCGCGCCGCACAGCCUCUCCUCUCGCGAUUUCCGGCGACUCCACCGUUCUCUCUCGCGUUUUUCCGGCGAAUCUCCCCUAAUCCUCCCCCAUAAUCAUGUCUAAUGAUGAUCAGAUCCGGCCUCGCCAGCGUCGUAGCCGGGGUGGUAUGGGGAGCCAGUCUAGGAGUUCUUCCAGCCAUGUUCAGGAUUCCGUUUCGCCCCACAGCUCAUACCAUACAUCUCCCUCUCCAUUACUCGCUCCUGCUGCUCCCGCUCCCGCUGCUGCACCCGCUCCUGGUCCCGCUGCUGCACCCGGUCCUCUGGGAGUGAUGAGGGUUGCGGAGUUGGUUCGACAGCCCGGUCGUGACCAUCUUCCCUAUCUCACUGAGUAUCCACAUGGACAUGGUCAAACAUGGUUCAACCGAUCCGGGAAUGGGAUCAGCGCAUGGAUCAACCGUAUGAUGUACUCGGCCCUCGACAGCGGACAUCCGACUUUCACUCACUUCCCUUCUUUUGGAGUAGUGCUUUGGUUAGAGCUUGGUAGAUAG